GGUCGAUCCGGUUGGGUGGGGUGAGGGGGUUUGGUUGAAUUGAUCCCGUAGGGUUUUGGGGAAUCGAUGCGUGAGCUUUCUAUGCUGUUGAUGGUUCUGGAUUUAUUAGACGAUGCAAAAUCGAUGCGAUGUCGUGCUUUUCUCCUGUUUUCCAUCGUUUUUGGGGUUGAUUUUGAUGAUGGGUUGGUCUGCUAGGGCUUCCUUUUAUACUAUUUGGGAAGACAUGAUUUUCUUUCCUUGAUUUAUCGUUUUCAGUUUCUUUAGUCGAUUGGAUUUGGUGGAUUUUUGGUGGUAAAGUUUUUAGGGUUCGCUGUUUCUUUCGUAUGGGCCUCCUCGGAGGAUUUUUUCUGUUACUUAUUUUAGAUGCUGCAGAAAUAAUUCUUUUUGCAUAGUAUCUUUAUUGGGAGCUUUCUGAAACGUCAUUCUAGGUUCGUAUUGUUCGUGGAAAUGUUGGCUGGAUUGUGUUUUUGUAUACCAUAUGUCUUGGAACCAAGUUGAUAUAUAAGUCGUUUUUGUUCUAGAAGUUUCACAACUAUUAUUUUUUAGUUACGUGGUAUGUAACAUUGAUUUGCUCUAUGGAUUUUUAUCGUCAAUUGAUAUUUCAAUAUCAGUUGUUUUUUGUUUGAGAGACUCUUUGGUGUUUUGGCCGGGGUUGGUGUCAAAGGUGCUAAUCUUUGUGAUCUAGCAUGGGCAUGUUUCUGGAUUUGUAAAUGUUGCUUGAGAUGGUUGAAAGUAAAGGAGCAAGUGCCUUAUGCAUUAAGCAGGACAAGGGCCAGCCAUUACCAAAGUUUGGUGAGUGGGAUGUUAAUGACCCUGCUUCUGCAGAGGGGUUCACUGUGAUCUUCAACAAAGCCAGAGAUGAGAAGAAGACUGGUGGCAGCGCACGAGGGCCGGACUCUCCUGGAAAGGAGGAGACAGCCUUUAAACAUGGACCUUAUGCUCCCAAGCCUAAUGUGAAUGCUAAAAAAUGGUUUUGCUGCAUUCAAUCUAGCUCAGCAGAGUCUUGAUUGAUCAAGGCUGUGUUGGUUCUGCAAUAUUUUCUGAAGGAUCAAAGUCUAAGCUCUGGCAGCAGGUUCUGUUUGAUUUUUCUUUGCAGUAGUUUGGUCAAGGUGAGGUGGUGUGAGAGGAGUGACAUAGAGGCUGAGGAUGGAAGAGCAAGGAAUCGUUUUUUUACUUAUGUAAUUAUAUGAAUGUAUACUGGAGAUAUAAUCAGAAUCUGAGUUUCUAUUUUUGUUAUUUGAUCAUUUUACUGCUGUUUCUGCUGUUAUCAAUUAUGUUGGAAAUCAUCAAUACAAAUAAGCUUGAGUCAUGUUUCUGUUGCA